CUUUGGAUUCCCUGUCAACAUACCAAAGAUGAAAUGUCAACGACAGUGUAAAUUGUUUAGGCUGGGUUGUGUGUAUAGUUCAAUUAUUGUGGUGUGAUUAUACUGGCAGCCCUCGUAUUUUGAUCGUGUUGGUCACUGUAGUAGUGGUGAAGUAUAUCAGCUGGAAAGUAAGUUUCUAAUGUGUACAUAGCUGCCAACACAGCAUCUGUCUGGAGCUAUCUCAUCAAGGUUCUUGUGUGAAGAUGAGCACUCAACGGGGAAAUACACAGAGAACCAGGCCACAGGCACACCAAAAUACGAAAGCAUUUAAAAAUGACCUACAUGAUACCUCUUCUCAGACAAAGCUUAUAAAUAAUAUUGAUCUGUCUGGUGUGUGUGAAAGAUGCAAGAGCAUCUUGGAAUGGAAAAUUAAAUACAAAAAAUACAAGCCCCUAAAGGCUCCAAAAAAAUGUGUGAAAUGUGAACAGAAAAGUGUAAAAAAGGCGUACCAUACAGUCUGUUUCCCUUGUGCCAAAUUACUGAAUGUAUGCCCAAAAUGUGGUAAAAAUGAGAAAGUUAUUGAAAAACUCAUUUCUAUUGAAGAACAACUGAAAAAGGAUGCUGAACUCCAGAGACAAAUAAAGCUGCUGUCAUUGCGAAGACGACGAACACUUCUACGUUACAUUGCUAGCCUUACUAAGGGUACAAAUUCAGGCUUUGCUGUGGGAGAAGAUGAAAUGAGGAAACUGCAGGAAGAAGUUACAAAAAAACUGGAAUCACUGAAAAUAAACAAAGAUGAUGUUUUGGAUGACUUAUUAGAUGAUCUUACUGAUGAAAGUGAUGAUGAUUGAUUACUCUAUCUCAAAGAUUUUACCAAAGAAUAUAACUUAUUUCAGUAAUAUCCUUCAUAUAUUCCCGAAACAUGUAGAGUACAUAAUGUGUUUUCUUGCUAGUAGUGCAUGUGCAGCUUUAGAAUACGCUUCAGAAGGAACAAACCUAUUUUUACUCUUUUCUCUUACAUAGAGUAGAUAUAGCAUAGCUGUUUCUUAUACUAUACUUUCAUGUUAACUGGAAAUAAAUAUAUUUGUCCCAAAGUUAGCUACAAUUCACAUGUUAUCCUUAUUCCUGUGUAAAUUUUCCAUGCACUUUAGAUGUGCUCAGCAAAUAUUGUAUCUGAUUCAUGCAGCUUUUGUCUUCUUUCAUAUAGAAUUUUAUGUUGUGGUGUUGUAGGGCCUGUCUUGGGAUGCUGAACCAGUGCUUUAACCAGUAAACGUACUUCCCAACAUUUACAAAUAACUAUUUAGAAUUUUGUCUUGCAUUGUUAGACAGUAUGUGAAUGAAGAUACCUAGCAAAUGGACAAACUUGCAUUUAAGUUAAAAUUUAACAAGAAUUCGUGCAGCACAUAGUGUAAUACAAUGAAUUUUUUUUCCUCUGAUGAUGACAUUUUAUCAAAUAUUACAGAAAAUAAAUCUUAUGAUUUUUUACAACUGAA